GGCUUUGGAUGGUCAGCAGGAUCCUGGCACCACCAUGACCACGUCGUGACGGUUGUGCACCACUACAAGCACUACAACUGCCACGCCGGCUUGUCCAACUGGUACCACGGCUGGUCCAAAGUCAAGAAGUCCUGGUGCUGCGAACACGACCAUCUGGGCUGUCCUGGCGACGCCCAUGGCCAGUGGCACGCUCACACCGUGGUGCACACCGUGGUUGGCCAUGCUGCGGGCGAAGGCGGCUACGACUGCGACGCCGGCUACUCCAAUUGGGAGCACGGGUGGUCCUACCACAAGAAGAUCUACUGCUGCCACACCGAGCACAAGGGCUGCCAGCCGUACCACUGCCACCACGACAAGGAUCAGAUGGACUCUUGGCCUCACGAGAAGCGUGAGUACUGCUGCGGCCACUUCCAGGUGGGCUGCGCGGCCACCACGCUGUCCCCAUUGGGCUGCGAUGCC